AUGGUGUUAUUUGCAAUGUUGGUUAUUCUGCCUUUACCUCAAGUGGUAUGCAAGAAUCACAGAGCUGAAUGUAAGACCAGUGAUCCUCUGCCUUUUCUUCACAAGCAAUAUCAAUCAGGAGACCUCAUAGUUGUGAACAUGUUCUCUCAGUUCUAUGUCUUCCAGACAGUGAUGGACUUCAGCAAACGUCCCUCCAAGGAGCUCUUUGAGGACACUGUGAUCAUGACUCCAAUCUAUCAGCACAUCUUGGUCUUAGAAUUUGCCAUCACAGAGAUCAACAGAGAUCCCCUUAUUUUACGCAAUCGCACCCUUGGUUUUCAGAUCUUUAACACCUACUUCAUGACAAGUUGGACAUAUCAGGCCUCUCUGGAACUUUUCUCUACAAAGGGCCAGUUUCUUACUAACUACAACUGUGAUACACAGCACAGACCAAUAGCAGUCCUUGGAGGACCUACUUCUGAUGUGUGUGUACACAUGGCUACCAUCCUGUCCCUGUACAAGAUGCCACAGUUAAUCUAUGGUUCUACUACUGAAGGUAAUACAAAAAAGGAGACUGCCAUACGGCAACAAAUGUUCCCAAACAUAGAUGGUCAAUAUAAGGGAAUUCUUUUAUUACUUCUGCAUUUUGGAUGGACAUGGAUUGGGAUCUUGUCCGCAAAAGAUGACAGCGGUGAGAACUUUGUACAAAAUGUGGUUCCCAUGAUAGCCCAGAAGGGGAUCUGCUCAGCCUUCCUUGAAAUAUUUCCCGUCAUUGAUUAUUCAAACAGCAUUCCUGAGCUGGUGGAAGUGGGACUUCAAAUGUACAUGGUGGUUAUGAAAAGCACAGCUAAUGUAGUAUUAGUUCAUGGUGAAAUUUAUGGAAUCAUAGUUCUGAGGCUUCUUUCCACUAAUUUGAAAAUUGAAGAUGCACCAUUAUGGAGACAGGGUAAAAUCUGGGUUAUGACGGCUGAGAUGGAUUUCACCUCCCUUCCCUUUCUGAGGAAUAGUGACCUAGUCUUCCUCCAUGGUGCUCUGUCUUUUGCAAUUCACACAGAGAAGAUGUUAGGGUUCCAGCAAUUUCUUGAGAUGAGGAACCCUACCUUGGAAAAAGAAGAUACUUUUAUCAAGCUCUUCUGGGAAAGUGCUUUUGAAUGUUCUUUCCCCACCUCUGUAAUGGAGGAGGAAAGUGCGAUUCCCUGCACUGGGAAGGAGAAACUGGCAGCUCUUCCCACAUCUGUGUUUGAAAUGGACAUGACUGGCCACAGCUACAGCAUCUACAAUGCCAUCCAUGUAGUGGCACAUGCUUUGCAUGACUUCCAUUCAUCCAUGAUGGAAUACAGAGCUAGGGGGCAUGAAGUCAAACAGAAACAUCUGGAUCAAAAGUCAUGGAAGGUCCGACCUCUAUCUUUGUGUAAUAGUAAGUGCCAUUCAGGUUAUACUAGAAGCAAGAUAGAAGACAAACCAUUUUGCUGCUAUAAUUGUCGACAAUGUCCACAUGGGAAGAUUUCCAACCGAGAUGAUAUGGACGAUUGCUUUCAGUGUCCAGAAGAUCAAUAUGCAAAUGUGAACCAUGAUUUGUGUCUUCCAAAGAUUGCAACAUUUUUGAUGUAUGAAGAAACAUUGGGGAUCACUUUGGCCAGUUCUGCUCUUUUCUUUUGUCUGGUGACAAUUGGAAUCCUUUGGAUUUUUAUUAAGCAUCAGGACACUCCCAUAGUCAAAGCCAACAACCGGAAUCUCACCUAUGUUCUCCUUAUUGCUCUCUUCUUGUCUUUUCUCUGUUGUUUCUUAUUCCUUGGGAAACCUGAUAAGGUGACGUGUCUUCUUCGUCAAACUACUUUUGGGGUCAUCUUCUCUGUGGCCAUUUCUUGUGUCUUGGCCAAAACCAUCAUUGUGAUUUUGGAAUUCAUGGCCACCAAGCCUGGGUCUAAGAUGACUAGAUGGGUGGGAAAUAGAUUAGCAGUAUCCAUCCUAUUGUGCUGCACCUCGCUUCAAGGAUUUAUUUGCGUUAUAUGGCUGGCAACCUCUCCCCCAUUCCCAGAUGCUGACAUGAGUUCAGGGGCAGAAGAAAUCUUUCUGGAGUGUAAUGAAGGAUCAGUCUUCAUGUUCUACUGUGUCUUGAGCUACAUGGGUUUCCUUGCCAUUAUUAGCUUUACAGUGGCAUUCCUAGCAAGAAAACUGCCUGAUGUUUUCAAUGAAGCUAAGUUUAUUACCUUCAGCAUGUUGGUCUUCUGCAGUGUCUGGUUGUCUUUCAUCCCAACAUAUCUGCAAUAUACUUGA